GCACGGCACGCUCAGGGCACAAUCGCUCACCGUUGAUCUGCUGUUGACCAACGCCAACUACAUAACUUACAUUGUAGUUUUUUUCUAACGAUACCAAUACCAAAACAAGAAAUUCGUAAAAUGCCUGUGGACCAUAGACGCAUUCAGGGCCCAGAAUGCAGUGAAGACUAUCGCAAGCCGAAAAAUCUUGAUGCGGCUCUGCUGAAGAAAGGCGGCAGACGGGCUGACGGCAGAAAAUGCGGCGAACAGAGAAAGAUUUUUUUGAAGCCGGGAGUAGUUUCUCAAGCCAAAGGUUCAGCCUACAUCGAAUUAGACCACACGAAAGUGAUUUGCUCGGUCUUCGAUCCACGAGAAAAAGCUAGUCGCAACGUCGAACAGCAAACCGUGAGGGGCGAAAUUUUCUGCGAGUUCAAAUUCGCAUCAUUUAGUGGUGUUCAAAGAAGAAGUCACCAGCAAGAGGCUGACGACAAAGAAUAUUCCCUGCUGCUCAAAAAUGCAUUAGAGCCUGCAGUGUGUCUUCAUGAAUUCCCCAAUUUCCAAGUUGACGUGCAAGUGCUGGUGCUGCAGGACGAUGGUUCAAGUUUAGCUGCCGCCAUAACUUGUGCUGGUUUGGCCCUGGCAGACGCAGCCGUUCCCAUGUACGACCUUCCUGUGGGUCUGUCAAAGGCCUUUACUGGAGAUACAGAGUUUUAUGACCCCACAGGAGCAGAAGAAAGACUGUGUCUUAGGGGAGUUGACGGUGAGAGUGACCACGGUGUGUUUACAGUCGGCUUUCUUCCCACCUUCAAUCAGGUUAGCCAGCUUUUCCACUCAGGCCACAUCUCACCUGACCGAUUCGAAAAGAUGAUAUCUGAAGUGGGAACUCUUGCUGCGGAAGUGCACAAAGCCGUGCAGGCAAUUCUUUUGUCUGCGGUGAAGAGUUCAAUUGACAGUUCUAAUAAUUCGAAGUUAUUAUUGUGAGUGAUUAAAAAUUUAACGCAGGAAAAGAUCCAAUAUUUUAUUUUUUACUUCUUGGUUGAUGGUGAUUGAAACUGAAUAAGUAUAAUCAAAUAUGUUGUGGCUGUACCUGCAAUCUGAUUUAUUUUUAUUUUAAUUAAGUGGUUAUCAUUAUUUAAGCAUCAGCUCACUGUGUGCAGUAUAGACAAGUUGAGUUCGGCGAAUCCAUGCAGUGAAAGGGAUAUUUUGUUUUGCAGGAUUUGUCUUGAGAACUGUUCAAUCUGGCACAUCAUUUUCAAUUUAUGAAUCCAACUGAUAGUGAAAUUACCUCGUUAAUAGCAAGUUCCGGAAGGUGUCUAGAUUUAAUUUUCUGUAAUAAUGCGCCACAUUUAUUUGCCUGAAGAUUGAAAGAGAAAAACAGCAUUAAAUCAAAAGAUUUCUCAAACACUAUAUUUGCCUCCUGAAUCGAGUUGUCAGUAACCCAAGAACUGAACACCAGUCGCAGGGAAAGCAGAAUAAGCCACGCAGCGCCGUUUAUCAAUGUUGUGACUUGCCAGGCACCGUCAUCUAAAUCAGGGCUCAAGGCACUGCUCACCAUGAAGUAGAGCAGGAAAAUUAUUGCCAAGGACGAGUAGACU